AUGACCGGAACUAACAAACUUUACACUGAUUUUGAGUACCCGAUUCAGAAUGCGAACCUGGAAAAUGUUGAAAAAGUUUUCAAACUUGUGGAAAUUGACAUCUCAGCGGUUAACAACUCGUUUCUUUCAAAACCGAAAAAAUCUUUUGUUAAACAACAAUUGACAAACAACUGGGGAAAGAAAAAUGACUGGGUGGGCAAAAAUGGUAAUAACAAGAUACAUGGUAAUGAUUACAAAAAGAAAGGUGUUGGUUUUGAGAAGCAAAUGGCUAAGAAACAAGUUAAGCCAAAAGAAAAAUUGAGUGAAGUGUUUGUGGCUGGUAAUAAUACAGAAGUCGAAAAGGAUUAUAUCUUUAGUAAGAAAGCAAUUGACGAUUUUAUUGCGGCAAAAAAGAUAAGAGAUGAGACCAACAGAUCCACUUUUGUUGAAUAUGACAAAAGAAUCCGUUAUCGAUGCAAUGAAAUCGGUCACAUGGCCAAACAAUGUGUCAAAACGAUAAUCAAACCAGUUUUCCAUAAAUCAAAACAAAAAAUUUCAAACGAUGUUAAUGGAAAAUCACCUAUGGUAUCCCCCGUGCGUAUUCUUAAACGCGGUGAAUCAUUGAAGUCAGAAGACAACCCAAAAUCAACUUUUGAAAUUGGUGAAUCUUCAAAAUCACAAAAGACUUCAAAGGUUUAUCCUAAAAAAAAGACUUCCCAAAGUCAAUCAUGGGGGGAGAAACCUAAACGUUCUUUUGAAGAAAAGAAAAUGGAAGAGGUUUUAAAAUCUGAACCGAAAUUUUUUGCAACCACUGUUGAAAAAAUUGAGUUUGAGUUAGAUAAGUUGAUUGAAGAAUUUCCACCUAUCAAGGAAGGAACUCUAAAAUCAAAACCAGAACCUGAUGUUCCAAAUGUUGUCUUUAACAUUCCAAAACUUGACAAAGUGCUUCCAAGGUCUAUCAUUUCUAAAUGGAUAAUGGAUAGCGGCGCCUCGCGGCACAUGACAGGGAUGUUAGCACUGCUAUACGACGUCAAAUCAAUCAAUGGAGGUUAUGUCGGGUUUGCUGGAACUCAAGGUGGAAGAAUUGUUGGAGAAGGAAUACUCACUAACGGGGUCGUCUCAUUCGAUAAAGUGAAUUACAUUGCCGAAUUAGAAAAUAAUAUGUUAAGCAUUUCUCAGAUUUGUGAUAAGUCGUUUACUAUUCAUUUCACAAAAGAUGAAUGUCUGAUUCUUAAACCAGGGUUUAAGAUACCCGAAGAAAUGGUGUUGAUGCGCGCUCCUCGUGAAAAUGAUCUCUAUAUACUAGACAUGAGCGUUGCAACAACGACAGAUAAAAAGGCCCAAUGUUUUGUGAGUAAAACGAAGGCGACUGAAAAAGAAUCCAUCAUGUAG